AUGGCAAACGAGGCCGAAGACCACCUAAUUGCCAUAAGAUUGCAACAGCAGUUUGACAAAGAAUCGAUCGACAUAAGUUCUGGCGAGGAUGAUGAUUUAAAAGUCGAUUCUAUUGAACGGGAUCGUCUGCUGGCGGUGCAACUUCAAGCGCAGUACCAAGCCGAAUCGGUUGAUUUGCUUUCCGAUAGCGAUGAUGAUGUUAUAUUACAAGCCACAGCUGCAUCCGCAGAUACACCAAAACAAAAGCCAAAACAAUCAUCCACCGUGCAAAGCGGAAUCAACUAUGUCCACACUGUUCAGGAGCCACAACUUUUUAAGGCAAAGACCUCGGAUCUGAACAGCAACGAAUAUUUCAUAGACGAGCUGCAGAUUUACGUGGACAUGGAGAACAACUUUGAGUGGAAAUUCAUCGAUGUGCUGCUGCCCGACAUUCGAGCGAUAUUUAACAAAUUCGAUGCACUGUUCUUUCAGUCUCGAUUACAGAAGAAAAAAAUUGACAUUAUGUGGUCCGACGCAAUGGGUAACUCACUCACGAACAGGAAUUUCAAUGAUGAUCAAGGCAGAUAUUUAAUCGCACUGAACGGACCACUGCUCACAUUACGGCCCCGUAUCGAAAUCAUCAGUAUAAUUCUGCAUGAAAUGAUACACGCCCUGCUUAAAAUAGACGGUAUCAAAGAACCCAACAAUGGACAUGGUGGAAACUUCCGUAAAAUCAUGACAUUCCUCAACAGAAUGCUGCAGACAAAUAUUUCCUUUAACCACAAACUACACAACACGAGUCUGACGUGCAGGAACGAGUGGUAUCGCUGCACGGGUAUCUGCCACAAUUAUGGGCCCUUCUAUGGGAUUGUGCGCUCGACUGAGGGUCCUCCUGGACUGCAAAAUGAAUGGUGGAAAGAGCAUGCCGAUAGCUGUGGCGGAACGUUUUAUAAAAUUUAUGAAAUGAGCAAAAUAGUUAACGGCGAAGUAUGCACACGCUAUGCCGUCAACGUGAGGUAUAUGCUUCCGAAGCCCGAGAACAUUCGCUGCAGGUUCAAAACGAAACUGCCCCCCAAGGAGUCGAUCGAUUUAACGUGCGAAGUACCAAAAGUAAUUUCCACCACCAUCCUCGAUACAGUUGUCCUUGAUAACGAGGAGUCUGCUGAAACAUCCGCUAGUACAGCCACCGCGGAUACGUUCAUCGCACAGUUUGAGCGGACAAUCGCGUUCACGCGUGAUGCAUACGAGAUGCAGUGUCCAAUUUGUCAGGAACGAAUUAAACGUAAACUGUUCGCUAACCACAUCGACGGUUGCAAAGGCACCGUACGAGUGGUGCAAUGGAAAAAGUCUUCUACCGGAACUAUCGUGCAAAAUGGAUUACUGGAACUGAAAUCGACGCCUGGAUUGCAACAGCCGUCCAGUUCGGUUCGCAAACCACGUCAUUUUUCAGCUUCUGCACAAUCUUCCUCAUCAUCCUUCGCCAACUACCAACAAGCCAAACGAAAGCGCUUCGGUUGAAGAAAAAUACUCACAUCCUGUUCAAAAUACAAAAUAGGAUUUAAAAAACAAACGCGCACACGUACAACAGUGUCAGCUGUAUUCUGUUUACCAAAUACCGCCAAUCAGCUGAUCCGAUCCAACGUUCGACCAUCUCAGGAAUAAACUAUUGUUUAAUCUAUUAAAUAUAUUCGAUUGGUUACGGUCAAAUACCAAUCCAUUCGAAUGAAAUUA